UCUUAUGCUUAAUUUUUUCUAUUAUUUUAAUUAUAUUUCUUAAAAGUUUAUUAUUUUUAGUAUGACGAAGUUAUACUGAGGAAUUAUAACCGUCUUGUUUCCUAAUAUAAAUAAUAAUUGCAAUAACAACUCUUUAACCUUAAUCAUGUAAUUUCAUUAAUUGUGUAAUUUGCAGCUGAUGCAGCAUUGGUUCCUCAAGAAGAUCCUGUUGUAGUUGAUGAAGAGGUUAUGGAGAGGAAUAUCAAUGUUCCCGACCUCAAUGUAAUUCAGGCGAGACUACAAAGAAGACAGCAGUAUUACAAUGAGAUACGAGGUAUCGAAAAGAAUGAUGUCGUUGAAGAGGAAAAUGACAAUGAAGAUCAUCAUCCUUUUGAACCCCAAGAAGAUAUUCAUCUGCAGGACGCUGCACUCUCAAGAGAGGCUGAAAUCCAAGGAGACCCAAUUCUUCCUCGAGGCGUCGCACUCCCAAGAGGCCCUAUCGCAUUAGGAAAUCCUGGACGUGUUAGACGUCCUAGGCAAGCAAGAGGUGCUUGGACAGCAAAGAGGUGUUGGACAGCAGAGAGGUGCUGGACGUCAGAGAGGUGCUGGAUGCCCCAGAGGUCUUAUUCGGAUGAGAGGCAUGGGUCGUCCUCGAGAAGUUGAACCACCUCAAAAUGUUGAGCUCGAAGUGGUUGUGAACAACGACGCUGAACAACAACGACGAACCGAAAGGGAACGGCUGCAGACAAAGCCACAACAACAGCUAUUGAGG